GUUCGGGUGCCGGUGCUGUAGAAUAGUCUGUUGCUUUUCCCACAUUAUUCCAAAAAGAAAAUAGUCACCGUGGUCUACAUUUGCCGCCGCCCGCUAAACAACCGUUCUGUCUCUUAGUGCUUUAUAUUUCUGUUACUGUGGAAUGUGUUAUUGUGUCGUCUUUGUGAUAAAAUUUUCUGAUAAAUUAUGAUUAAAUGAAAUUUUGGAACAUUACCAAAGUUUGACAGUUUUGGUGACAAUCGUCCACAGUUUAAGGAUUUCUUUGUGGAUCAUUCUGCUUCUUUUGACAUAAGGUUGUCAUGAUCGAAUGAUUAGGUGGUCAUUUGUUUGUCCUCUUCCAAGUCGUGAAGAAGAACAUUCAUUGCUGAAAAACACCAAAUGUGAUGAUACUUAUUUAAGAAAAAUCUGACUUUGCAAGAACAAACAAGAUUUAAAAAAAGAAGACAUUUUAAUCAAUGGAUACUACACAUAUGAAGAUUACUUGUAGUUAGAAAAAGUUAUGGGUAUAAUUAUUCAUUCAGACAUUCAAGUAAAAUUUGAGAAAUCGUGAAACAAAUCAUUUCUCUUAUAAAAGAAUAAACGAAGAGCAUGGACGUAUAAGAAUCUUUUAUAUGAUAUGUAUUCACGAUCUUAAAGAAUAUGAAGAUUUUUGUUGAAGAAAGAACAGUGCCAAAAGAAGAUAUCUGAAGGAUAUUUACCUAGAGCUUCAGAAAUACUAGUCAUCUGCGUUUCCUUCACUUUCCUGCGAAAUCCUGGCCAAAGUGGGAAAAUCACUGUAGUAUUAAAUAUGCACAAAAGGACUAUAAGGUGUGGCCUUAAACUAUGUUUAUCAAGCUUAUUAUCGUUUUUUCUGCUCCAUGAAUUUGCAACAGCCGAUGAUUUCAGUCAAGAUGACCGGUGUUACCUUUCAAACGGAGGUUCAUCGGAAACGUUCACAGUUAGAGAGGAUCUACCUGUGGGUAGUAUAAUAGGAACAUUACCUAUACCUGGUGAUCCGUCGAAAGAUGGAGACAUCGAGCUAACACUGACAUCAGAACAUUCUCCCGUGGGCAUACAAGAAUCAACGAAGAAUCUUAUACUAAAUCAACCUUUGGAUAAAGAAGGAGUGUCUGGUCUUUCGUCAGUACUUUUAGAUGUAGCAUGCAGCAAAAAAGAAACCGAUGAUCCGAGUAUUACUAUACCUGUUCGAAUAAUUGUGACAGAUGCCAAUGACAACGCCCCGGUAUUUGUUGGAUCUCCUUAUUCUGUUAAUAUUAGCGAAGUUACUGUUGUUGGGUCUACUGUUAUACAAGGCAUCAAAGCUGUUGAUAAAGAUCAGUAUGGACCUUUCAGUACAGUUUCCUAUCAUGUGGCAGAAGGUCCUUAUUCGAAAUAUUUGACAUUUGAAAACAGUUUAGAAGGACACGUGGUGUUAGCUUCAGCUUUGGAUUAUGAAACUUUGCCAAAUUUUACAGUUACUAUAAAAGCUCAGGAUCAAGGAGAACCCCCACAAAUAUCUGUUACUACAUUGACUGUUUGGGUACAAGAUGCUGAUGACCAAAAUCCUAGGUUUCUUGCUGAGAGAUAUAAGACAGUUUUGCCCGAAAGGCCUAUACCGGGUACUCCUUUAGUGACUUCUCCGUCUUCAAUAAAAGCAGAAGAUCCAGACGAAGGCAUUCAAGCGCCUAUUCAAUAUUCAUUUAAUUCCGAAUCGGCAGAAUACGACUUCUUCGAGCUAAAUCGACGGACUGGUCAAGUUACUAUACGUAAAUCCCUUCCGGAUGAUUUGCACCUUCCUGUCACUCUGGUUAUCAAAGCAACUCAAAUGGACAAUCCGGAUCGAUAUUCGUUGACGACCCUCACUAUUGAAAGUGAUAAUGUCCUACCUACAGAACUGAAAUUUUUACAGACCGAUUACGUUACUACAGCUUUGGAAAGUGCUCCUGUAGGUCAAGUUGUAAUUACAGUUCGCACUACAAAGCCAAAUGACAAGCAUGUGCGGUUUCAACUUCUGGAAAAUCCGACUGAAGAAUUCGCUAUUCAAAAUACGGGCGAAAUUAUCAUUGCCAAACCGUUAGAUUACGAAAGACAAACUUUAUAUUCGUUACGAGUUGUUGCAUCAGAUGGGAAAACGAGCGAUGUGGCAUGGGUUAACAUUACAGUCAUGAAUGUUAACGAUAACGAUCCUACAUUUUCUCAACCACAAUAUAAUUUUCUCGUGAAGCAGCAAGACAUGAGAGUUGGAAGUCUGGUGGGAACUAUUGAGGUUAAGGAUGGAGAUGUCAAUGAUUCAAUCGAAUUAAAUGUCAAAGGAACUUAUGCAAGGGUAUUUUCUAUUUCUCACAAAGGCGAAUUACGAAUCCGCAAUUUAGAAUUCCUGAAUGCAAGCACAUGUCAUAUUAUAGUUUUCGCCACUGAUAAUGGAGUUCCUCCUCGACAGUCUUCUGCUCUUGUGACCGUUGAGUUUCCCGAAGACGUAGCUCAGUCCAGUGUAUUCAAGAUAAAGAAAUCGGACAGCUCUCUACUGCUUAUGAUCGUUUUUGGAGUUCUACUUGGAACUUUAAUUGUCGUCAUAAUUACUCUAACUAUUUAUAUUUUGAAAACGAAACAAUAUAGGGAUAGAAUUCCCAGCGUAGUCUCUUCAGGUGGCCAACCUAUGGUAAAUAAAAUGGCAACUUAUAUAUCAGGACCUAACCUUCAAAGUAAUAACAACAAUAAACCUCAAGGUGGACAAACUCACACUACUGUUGAGCAUCAGUCAGGGGUGGAAAAUCCAGUAUUUAAUAUGGCAGAUCACAAUCAUCAAGGAACUAUUCAUAGAGGUCAGUUACCUCCUGCCCCAUCUGAAGUCAGUGCAUGGCAAGCAAAUGGAACUUUAAGAGAUGAACAUCAAUUGGGAAAUUUCACCACAAGACCAGGAAGUGGAUUGAGCAAUGGAAAGGUGCAAAAUAUUUAUUGGCCAAAUGGUUCAAUUCCUCGACGGGUGAAAAAGCUAAGCUGGGAAGAUGAACAGCCAAAUAGAACUGAAUUGGAUCCAGAUGUUAGUGUGACACCUUUAGGCAAGACUUGCAAUGAUGGAUUGAAGCAACCUGGUUUAACAGUGUACUUUUGAAUCCUUUUCUUCUUUUGACUUUCAUAUGUGUUUAAAGAGUUAUUUCAUGUAUGGAUUAACAAUGGAGUUUUUUGAAUGAUACAGACAUUCUAGAAAGUGAAACUUCAUUAUAAUGGUUUGGAUGAAUUCCUUUGGAUUCCUUGAAAUUCUGUGAUAAUUGAAGAAAUGGACUUCUGAAUUUGUGCUGGGAAAUGAGGUAUCCUGGUGCUAAAAGUUUUGGUAACUGAUAAAGUGGAGAACAUUUACUUGUAUCUUUUGUAUUGUUUGUAUCGUUUCACAUGUAUGAUAACUGCUGUGUCAAAUGAUUUUGUAAUUCAUGGUAAAUUUGCAUUUAUUGGAAUUUUAAAAAAUCCUAUCUUAGUGACCAUUUAAAAGCAAUUAUUUACACAAGAUAAUAUAAAUGUAUCCUUAAAUAUUCACAUGAACGUAAAAUAGUAUUUGUUUGCAAAUCAUCUAUUAUUGUUUCGUACUAGCUUUAUGAAAAUCAUGUUACAAAUAUCAACACAUUUUAAACACUGUUUUUUAAAGUCAGAUUACUGCAAAAAAAUUCUGAGUUUAAUACUGAAAUUACAUUUUAUCAGUUCUCUUUUAAAUAUAUACUGUUCUGUAUAUUUGCAUAACCAAAGUAUUUUCAAAGUAUUGUUAUAUUUGUUUAUUAUAGCAUUUUUGAAGAAUUAUUUGUUUUAAAACUGUUUAAAAGACUUUUCUAUAUAUGCGUGUUAUUUAUUAUUUUUUCUAAAGUUUUUUAAUCCUAUAAUGGUACAUAUUUGAAAUUCAGCAAAAAUCAGGGGCUUUCUACUUACAAUCAAAGUAUAGAAUUCAGCAGAAUUUAUAUUAAUUUCCUUAAAUAUAUUUAAAACAGUACAAAAUAUUUAGAUGGAAUUUUUUUAAUGAAAAGCUUAAAUUUUUAUUUUAAUAAUUAAAUAGUUAUCAUUUGUAAUUUAAAUUUUGUGCGAAUAAUUUCUACAACAAGAAACGAAGUAUUUUAAAUAUAACUCAGUAUUACUUCGUCUCGGAGUGCAGAGUGACAUAAAUUGGUGCACUGAAAACUUUAAAGUAGGAUUUAUUUUUAGUCAAUAAUAAAAAAUUUCUUCGUCACAAGGGAAGGCAUCUAUUAUUGAGGUGGAAAAAAUGAAAUAUUUUACGAAAUGAUAAUUGGUGUAUAUGCAUUAAUUUUGGUAAUGUUUCAUUAAGCUACUGAAAAAUUUUAAAGCGUAAUUUUUGUGGAAUAUUAGUUUGUAAAGAAUAUGUUUCUCAGUCUUGUUAUAUUGAAGGUUUUCUUCUUUUGUUGUGAUUAAUAACUUAAACUUAAUACUUGUUGCUCACUUCUCAUUUUUUAAUUGUUUUGUGCAGUUAUUCAUCUUUGUACAAAAGAAAAUUCUUAAACGUUUAUAAUCACAAUAUUUUUUGAGUGUACAUUGUGGGUUAAUCGCUUUAUGUUUUCGUAAGUUCAUUUCAUGCUGUUUAUUAUUGGGGCUGUGUUUGAUAAGGGCAAUUCCAUCUUUCAUAAUUUUUUUUACCUGCUAGUUGAUAACUAUUAGGAAAAUGUCUGCUUGUAAAUAUGAGUAUUAUAUUUUUUUAUGAAUCUUAUAUGUUCCUGAGGCCUUUAUAUUGAUUAUAUUGUAAAUAAUAUUGACUUUUUUUAUUUCAAAAAUAUGAUUUUCUGUAGCAGCAAGAAAUCCUGUGUUGCCUUUUGUUAGAAAAAUAAUUGUAGCUUUUUUAAGAAGAAACCAUGCCUAUUAAUUGAAGUCGGCAUGAUCUCCAAUAAAACUCUACUUAUGUAAUUUUUCAUAAGUUAUAGUCUAAUCAUUAAGGAACUAAGAAACUUAUCUUGCAUUUAUUAUGCAUGCAUGAGAUCGCUUGCAUCAAUUUUUUCUCACUUGGCAUUGUAUCGAAAUUUAAAAGUCAAUCCAUGACUUUAUGCGUAGUAAUAUUUUUUCAAUUUUAUUUAUGAAAUAUCUACUUUCUUAAUUGCUAAUUACUUUAUUACAUUUUAUAAAGUUUUCUUUAAUUGUUUAUUUACAUCGAAAAGCCAUAAAAUUAUUCCAACAAAUAAACCUAAUUUAAACCAAAGAUUUCAUUUUCCACCGCAAUUUCUUUUCAGAAGACCUUAAAUAAAUUACUCUUGCUGAAACUAAAGCAACUAAAAUAUUGUUGAUGAAAAUUUAGGAAAAUAAGAUUGGUUUAUACUUAAAACAAUCAUCAUAAAAACUAGUUGAAAGAUCUUGUCAAGGAUCAAGUUCGUCUCAAAGGGUAUUUCUUUUUAAAAAAGCGUGGUUUGGCAAUUCUUCAUCAGAAAAACUAAAAUGAGGCAAAAUAAUUUCUGUUACUGAAAAAUGAUCGCGUUGUAUUUAAUAUAAAUUAUAUUAUUUUACAUAAUUGGUAUUUUGUCCUUUAAUAUUCUUCCUGUCUUUCUCUUUGGUUAUAUAUUAUCAACAAAUUUUCAGUUUUUAUAGUUUAUUUGUGCUUACUAUAUUGAAUGAUUCCCACAAAUAAACUGUAAAAACGUCUCUCCUAAAAAGUGUUUCUGUAUUUUUGAUGAAACUCAACAUUUUGUAUAUAUAUGUAGUGCUUUUGUAUAUGAA